UUUGAACCAUCACAACGUCCACACCCGUUGCCCAAAUCAUCUGAAUCUUGAUCAACGCGUCACUCUCAUCUCUGCGACCCCGAAUCUUGACAGUUUUCAACAUGCCCGGUGGAAAGGGAAAGUCUGUUGGCGGAAAGGCUGGUGCAAAGGAUGCUGCGGGGAAAACCCAGAAGUCUCACAGCGCAAAGGCGGGUUUGCAGUUUCCCUGUGGUCGUGUCAAGCGUUUCUUGAAGAACAACACGCAAAAUAAGAUGCGAGUUGGCGCUAAAGCUGCGGUCUAUGUCACCGCUGUUCUGGAAUACCUGACUGCGGAAGUCCUCGAACUUGCCGGUAACGCCGCCAAGGAUCUGAAAGUCAAGCGUAUCACGCCCCGCCACCUGCAGCUCGCCAUUCGUGGUGACGAGGAGCUGGAUACUUUGAUUCGCGCCACCAUCGCUUUCGGUGGUGUCCUCCCACGUAUCAACCGUGCGCUGUUGCUCAAGGUCGAGCAGAAGAAGAAGAACAAGUCCGAGGCUUAAAAAACGAACAAAACGGCAAAUACCCCACGAAUACGGCGUUUGAUCUUGAUGAU